AUGGGUGGACGACAUUCCAAGAGGGCUAAACUGAAUGGAUCCAAGGUGAACACUAAUUCUGGUGGUGGUGGGAAAAAAUACCUGACGACCAAUGGAACCAAGAGUAAAGAUGACGCGGAUGACCACGCUAAGGACAUCUUGGAUAAUGCCCCGAGUUUAACUGAUGAGCAGAAACAGCUGGUGGCCGAGUCCUGGAGUCAUAUAGAAGCUGACAUGAACAGAGUUGGAGUCGUCAUGUUUAUGAAACUGUUUGAAACUCACCCUGACGUGCAGGACGUGUUCGAACCAUUCAAAGGGAAGUCGAUGGAAGACCUCAAGUACAGCAACCAGCUGAGGUCGCACGCGCUGCGCGUGAUGGGCACUGUCGAGAAGUGCCUGGCGAGAAUCAAUGAACCAAAGAAACUACAGGACAUGCUCCAUGACCUCGGGUCACGACACGUCAUGUACAGUGCCAAGGUCGACUACAUUGAUCUGAUUGGGCCGCAGUUUAUCUGGGCUAUAGAGCCCGUGCUGGGAGACAAGUGGACCCCAGAACUGGAGCAGGCGUGGUCGGAUCUCUUCAAGUUCAUUAGUCACAUCAUGAAGGAGGCAAUGACGUUCUGAUGGCUUGUUACAAUCUACAUGGUUAUAAUCAUUAUGAUGUCACUUCUGUUUGAUAUGUGUUCUUUCGUGGACGUUUCAAACACAGAAUGUCCACACAUAAGAACUUUCUAUUUCACACCACAGGCCAUAUAAUGACAUGUCAAUAUGUGUAAUGCCGUUGCUAUAUUGGUUGAAACAAUGGUGUUCUACUGUACAUAACUUUGCACACGAUAUGUUACUUCUGUGCGAUAUGUAUUAUUUCGUGAACGUUUCAAAAAUAAUGUCUAUACAUAAGAACUUUCUAUUUCAGACCACAAACUGUAUAAUGAUAUGUCAAUAUGUGAAAUGUUGUUGAUAUCUUGGUUGAAGCACAAUGAUUUUACACAUGGUUACGCCACUUGUGUGCGAUAUAUUUUCUAAUGUGUGGAUGUUCCAAACAGAAUGUCCAUAUUUAAAAACUCUCUAUUUCAUACCACAAACUAUAAUAACAGGUCCAUAUUGAAAUACCAUAGGUAUCGUGUUUGAA